AUGCGCUACCGUCUGCUGUCGGCACUCGCCGCUGCCUCGGCGGCCAUCGUGGCGGACGCCAGCCCGGCCGCGUCGGCCACGUACGACUACAUCGUGGUCGGCAGCGGGCCCGGCGGCGGGCCCCUGGCGGCGGACCUGGCGCGGGCCGGGUACUCGACGCUGCUAAUCGAGGCCGGCACGGACCAGGGCGACAACCCGACGUACGCCGACAUCGCCAACUUCAACGAGGCGGCCAACGACGAGACGACGCGGUGGGACUUCUGGGUCCGGCACUCGGACGACGCGGCGCGCGACCUCAAGUUCAAGCACACCACCUGGGACACGGGCGACGGCACCUUCUACGUCGGCCUGGACCCGCCGCCGGGGGCGAAGCUGCUGGGCAUCCAGUACCCGCGCGCCGCCACGCUGGGCGGCUGCGCCAUGCACAACGCCGGCGUGUGCUCGCUGCCGGCCGCCGACGACUGGGACACCAUCGCCAACCGGACCGGCGACCCCAGCUGGGCCGCCGACAACAUGCGCAAGUAUUGGAAGCGCAUCGAGAAGAACGAGUACCUGCCGGCCGGCGACGCCAGCCACGGAUACGACGGCUGGCUCGCCACCUCGGUCGCCGACAUGUCGUGGGCCAAGAACGACAGCCUGCCGGAGACGCGGAUCCUCAAGAAGCUGGCCGAGCUGACGGGCCAGAACCCGGACGACGUGGCCAGCCUGGUCAACCGCGACAUCCUCGCGGCGGGCAAGGACGUGGACGAGACGACGUCCUUCUACAGCAUGGUGACGCACGCCGACAACCAGGGCAAACGCAGCAGCCCCAACAACUACAUCCGCGCGACGCUGGCCGACCCGGCCAAGUACCCGCUGACGGUCAAGCUCAACACGCUCGUGACGCGCGUCGUGUUCGACGAGGCGACGGUCAACAAGACGGGCACGACGCCGCGGGCCAUCGGCGUCGAGGUCAUGGAGGGCGGGUCGCUGUACCGGGCGGACCCGAAGCACGUGGCGAACGCGACGGGGCCGGUGUCGCAGAUCCUGGCGCGGCGCGAGGUGAUCGUGUCGGGCGGCACGUUCAACUCGCCGCAGAUCCUCAAGCUCAGCGGGAUCGGGCCGGCGGAGGAGCUGGCGCAGUUCAACAUCAGCGUGGUGGCGGACCUGCCCGGCGUGGGCGAGAACCUGGGCGACAACUACGAGGGCUCGAUCCUGGCGAUCGGCGCGGCGCCGGUCAACAGCGGGCUGAUCACGCUGCUCUUCCGCACGCCGUCGGCGCCGACCAAGAAGCGCAACAUCUUCACCUGGUGCGGCGCCUUCUCCUUCGAGGGCUUCUGGCCCGGCUUCCCGACCGACUACGGGCCGAACGAGUACACGUGCGCGAUGGUGCACAUGGCGCCCAAGUCGCAGGCGGGCUCGGUGCGGCUGGCCUCGGCGGACCCGCAGGACCGGCCGGCCAUCAACUUCCGCUUCUUCGAGCGGCACGGCGACGAGGACCUGCGCGAGCUGGUCGAGGGCGCGAACCUGCUGCGCGCGUCGUUCGCGGCGGCGGGGGCGCCCGCCGUGCCGCUGGUCGAGCAGCACCCGUGCGCGAACGGCACCGACUGCACCGAUGCGGCGCAGGCCGAGUUCUUCAAGCUGCAGGCGUACUCGCACCACGCGACGUCGACGUGCGCCAUCGGCGGCGACGGCGACCGCAUGGCCGUGCUCGACUCCAAGUUCCGCGUGCGCGGCGUGCGCGGCCUGCGCGUCGUCGACGCCUCCGCCUGGCCCGUCGUCCCCGGCGCCUUCCCCAGCUGCCCGACCAUGAUGCUCAGCGCCAAGGCCGCCGACGACAUCAUCGCCGAUGCGAAGCAGGAGCAGGCGGCGUAG